AUGAUUCCGGUGCCAGGCUGCUUGCUUGUUAGUGCGACAAACCGACCGAGGACAACAAACCGGUCGCGUCAUACUGCUAAUGUCUACUAUGUCUACUUUUCAGAAGCUAGGACGUCCCCCAAAAGCGACGCGCAUUGUCCUCGUCCGGGCAAUGGUGCAAAUAUGCGAGGGCUACCGGCUAGAGGACGGAGCUGGCCAAAGAAGUUAGUCCGCCAUCUCCAACAACAUCCAGUGCGCUUGCCAACACUUAACGUUGGGACGCUUACUGGAAGAAGUCGUGAACUGACAGACAUUCUCAGAAAACGCCGUGUUGACAUAUGCAGUGUACAGGAGAUUCGCUGGAAAGGCUCCAAGUCAAGGAAAUUAGGCGAUGGCUACAAGCUCGUCUACCACGGCACAUCAAAUCGCAAUGGCGUUGGUAUCAUAUUGAACGAGUCGUUUAGAAACUGUGUCACAGCGGUGGAUCAACUAUCGGAUCGCCGCUUGCGAGUCGUCUCUGCUUAUGCGCCACAGAUGGGUUGUGGUGAAAAGGAGAAGGCGUGCUUUUGGGAAGAUCUGGAGCAGUACGUCCAAUCUCUAGAAGGCGAAGAAGUACUUCUAAUCGGAGGAGACUUCAACGGACAUGUCGGUUCUCGGAAAGACGGGUUCGAGAGUUGUCAUGAUGGAUAUGGUUAUGAAGCUCGUAACGACGACGGGUUGCGAAUCCUGGAGUAUGCUGUUGCAAGUGACUUGAUCAUUGCUAACACGCAGUAUCGGAAAAGAAAAUCGCAUUUGAUCACGUACACCAGCGGCGGUCGUGAAACACAAAUAGAUUUCUGGAUGUUACGCCAACAAGGCCGCCGACUUCUGCAGGAUUGA